CUGUCUUUCCCGUUAUCUGUGGAGCAAAGGUCGCCGAUAAGAGGAGGCAGCGUUUGGCGCGGCGUCAGCGAGCUUAUUUCCAACCAGCAGCACCAACUGCCGCAAGGACACGGCCACCGCUCCAACAACAACCGCAACCUACGCCCCAACCGCUACGAUGGCUGCCUCGGACCCCAACUCCCGCCUCAGCGAAGGUCACCGAUAAGAGGAGGCAGCGUAUGGCGCGGCGUCAGCGAGCUUAUUUCCAACCAGCAGCACCAACUGCCGCAAGGAGCCACCGCUCCAACAACAACCGCAACCUACGCCCCAACCGCUACGAUGGCUGCCUCGGACCCCAACUCCUGCCUCGUUGCUUUGGUCGACGCCGGCGACGUACAGGCACUACGGGCCUCCCUCGCUGCCCUCUCCCCUGACGCCCGCGCCCAAUUCUUCAAAGGUUCCCUUCCCCUCCACCUCGCUGCCGAGGGAGGCCGGAAGGAGGCGGUGGAGGCGCUCCUCGCCGGGGGCGCUGACCCCGACGCCCAGGGGGAGAGAGGAAGGAGCCCCCUUCAUGUAGCUGCCUAUGGGGGUCAUAAGGCCGUGGUGGACGUCCUCCUGGCGGCGGGCGCCGACCCCAAAGCCAGAGACCGCUGGGAUUCCCAGCCCCUGCAUGAGGCCGCCGCAGGAGGCCGGAGGGGGGCGGUGGAGGCGCUCCUCGCCGGGGGCGCUGACCCCAACGCCCGGGAGAAGGGAAUUUCAGGAAGAGGAUGGACUCCUCUUCAUGUUGCUGCCUCUAAGGGUCGUCAGGCCGUGGUGGACGUCCUCCUGGCGGCGGGCGCCGACCCCAAAGCCAGAGACCGCUGGGAUUCCCAGCCCCUGCAUGAGGCCGCCGCAGGAGGCCGGAGGGGGGCGGUGGAGGCGCUCCUCGCCGGGGGCGCUGACCCCAACGCCCGGGAGAAGGGAAUUUCAGGAAGAGGAUGGACUCCUCUUCAUGUUGCUGCCUCUAAGGGUCGUCAGGCCGUAGUGGACGUCCUCCUGGCGGCGGGCGCUGACCCCAACGCCAGAGACAUCGUGGGCCGAACGGCGAUGCACUGGGCAGCCAGGCGGGGGCAUUGGUGGGCGCUGGAGGCUCUUGCGGCGGGCGGGGCCGACAUGGACCCUGUCGAUGAUGAGGGCGACACGCCACUCCACGACCCAGCUUCAAGCGGGCAGCUUCUCGUGGUUGGCGUCCUAACUGGCCUCGGGGCGUCCAUCAGCAAGAAGAAUAAGGACGGGAAGACUCCGCAGGACCUGUUGGGGAUAUCUCCAGCUGAUAAAUUCCUCUCCAUGGUGAAGAAAUGUGCUGCGGCCGAGAAGGAAAAAAUGAGGGAGAUGCAGGACAAACUCGAGGAGCAGGAGGAGAUGAGCAAGAGGUAUGACUUGAAGAUGGCGGAGGCAGCCACCCUACAGAAGGAAAUCGAACAGUUGAAGAAGGACCUGCAGGAAAAGGAAAAGGAAAACAAGGACAAACUCGAGGAGCAGGCGAAGAAGAUGAAGGCAGAAACCAAACAGGUAGAGGCUGAGUACGAGGCCCGAAUGCGGGACUCGAACAUAGCCUACAACACCAAAGAGGACGAGGCAGCCGACCUGAAGAGGGAGAACAGAGACCUGAUGAUAGAGAUUGGAAGAAAGGAAGAAGAGAUCGCAUCUCAAAAGGCAGAGCACAGUGACAGGGUGAAAAGUCUUAAAAGGAGGGAGAACAGGAAGGAGAAAGAGGCAGCCAAAGCGAGAGGCGAGCUUGAGAAGAAGCUCAGUAGACGAGACAAGACGAUCGAGAUCCUUAAGAAAAAGCUCAGUGAUCAAGAAGAGGAAAGAGAAAUGGACUUUCAACUCGAAGAGGAAGACAGCGUCUUAAAGCGAAUGAUUAGGCAGUUCCUUGAACAAGAAGGAAAAAACAAAAAACUUCAAUCCUCUGACUCAGGCAGGAGGGACAGGGCCUGGGGAGCAGCCGGCAGCGACGAGACUCCUCCAGUAGCUGCCACGGAGAGGGCUAGGGGAACAGCAGGCAGCAGAGUUAAGGCUACAAGAGCACCAAAAAGCGACGAGCCUGUGCAAGCCGCAGGCAGGGCUAGGCGUCCGGAAGCAGCAGGCAGGAGGGAAGGGGCAGGGCGAAAGGAAGAGAGGAGGGCCAAGUCUAAGGGAGCAGCCGACUGGGACGAGGUGCCACAAGACGAGAGGGAUGAGUCGCCACAAGAAGACGACAGGGACGAAUUGCCACAAGAAGACGACAGGGACGAUUCGCCACAAGAAGACGACAGGUACGAGUUGCCACAAGACGACAGGGACGAGUCACCACAAGAAGAUGACAGCGAAGAGUCAAUGUGAUUUUCAUCCAGCUUUGUAAAGAUCGUGUGUAAAAUAGCUAAUAUAUAUGAAGCAUAUA